UAAGCACACCUUGGGAUGGGGGAGCUCCGGGCGCCCCCGGGAGCUGGCGGCCCGGCCCGGGGGUCCGCAGAGCGGCUGCCCGGCGGCGGGGGGCCGAGGCCGGCGGUAGGCGCGGGGCCGCAGCGCGCCGCCUCUCCCGCAGCUGCCCGCCAGAGGGCGCCGCGGCCCCCGCUCCGCCCCCGCCCCGCUCCCGGCGCUGGCGCCCGGUCCUGCCGGGCCCCGGCGGGGGGCAGGGAAGGGGCGGGCUGGCGGCACCGCCGCCACCAGCCGGAGGCCGCUCCUGCGGCAGAGGCGGGCAGCCGGGCGCACCGUGUCUCUCUCCUCCUUCCCCCGCCGUGCGGCUCGGCGGCCCUUCCCAAGAUGUCUCGGGAGCCCGACUGCAGGCGCUGGCUUCUUGUCGCUGCGUGCGCCCACCUCCUCUUCCUUCUCCCGCCGCUCCGCACCCGGGCUUUUGCUGUAACUGUAGUUCCUGAAGGUGCAGAAGAUAAGACUGAACUACCAGUGCUGCAGAAGUCUGAAAAAAGCAGAACAAUUAGUAAAAUAAGCAGAGAAUUAAAAGAAAUUGUAUUUAUCAUCCAGAGUCAAAGUAAUUCUUUUCAUUCCAAGAGAGCAGAAGAUCUAAAAAGAGAUAUUUUAAAUCAGGCUGCAGAUCUUGGAAAGGAAUUACCUACGGUUCUGCUUAUUCAUCAGAUGGACGGGCAUGAAGGUGCAUGGACAAUAUUACCAUUAAUGAGAGACUUCUCUGUUACCUAUGGUAGGAACUCCUCAUGGAUUUUCUUCUGUGAAGAAGAUACAAGAAUACAAGUUGUAAAGCUGCUAGAAACACUUGGAAGAUUUGACGGGUCUAAGGAGUGGUUUUUAGGUAAAGCAUUAUAUGAUGAAGAAUCUACAAUAAUUCACCAUUAUGCCUUUGCUGAAAAUCCUACAGUCUUUAAAUUUCCAGAUUUUGCUGCUGGUUGGGCGCUUAGCAUUCCCCUCGUUAACAAGCUUGCAAAGAAGCUGAAAAGUGAACCACUCAAGUCAGACUUCACGAUAGAUUUAAAGCAUGAGAUUGCCCUGUAUAUUUGGCAGAAAGGGGAAGGACCACAUCUUACUCCGGUGCCUGAGUUCUGCACAGAUGAUGUGAGCUCACAUAAGGUUGAUCGCUGUGCAACAACGUUCAGUAAUUUUCUGCCACUCUGUGGAGAGCCAGUGAAAAAGGAAGAUGUAUUUGUUGCUGUAAAAACAUGUCGGAAAUUUCAUGGUGACAGAAUACCAGUUGUAAAGCAGACUUGGGAAAGAGAAGCUGCCCUUAUUGAAUACUACAGUGAUUAUGCAGACAUCUCCAUUCCUACUAUAGACUUAGGCAUACCUAAUACUGACAGAGGUCACUGUGGGAAAACUUUUGCCAUUUUGGAAAGGUUUUUGAAUCAUAGCUCUGCCAGAACUCCUUGGUUAGUUGUAGUGGAUGAUGACACAUUGAUAAGUAUCUUCAGACUCCGAAAAUUGCUCAGCUGCUAUGACCCAAAUGAACCAGUAUUUCUUGGAGAGCGUUACGGUUAUGGCUUGGGAACAGGAGGAUAUAGUUAUAUCACUGGCGGAGGAGGGAUGGUUUUCAGCAGAAUAGCUGUUCAGAGACUACUUGCUAGUAAAUGCCGAUGUUACAGCAUGGAUGCGCCUGAUGAUAUGGUCCUUGGGAUGUGUUUCAGUGGCUUAGGAAUCCCUAUAACACAUAGUCCACUUUUCCAUCAGGCAAGGCCAAUGGACUACCCCAAAGGCUACCUUUCCCACCAAAUUCCAGUAUCAUUUCACAAGCAUUGGAAUAUUGAUCCAGUGAAGGUAUAUUUCACGUGGCUGGCACCAAACACAGAAGAGUCACUUAAUGGAAAGAAAGUUGGCUAUAACAGGGAGGACUUAUAAACAGUGGAAGAGCGUAAGUGUUGAUUAAUGUACUGUGGAUGAGGGACAGUCACUACUGUGAUUUUUGUGGUGUUCUCACAUUGUUCAUCUGGUCAUGACGUAGAAGGCAAUGUUUUGUUCCUGGUUGUUGCAUUCCUUCAGAGCAAUGGAAGAAGGCACCUAACAGACUUGGAUUCUUUUGUUAAACUUUGUUUCUUUUUAAAAUGUUUUGGGGCUUCGUAUACCAAUGAACUUGACACACAUUUAAAAUGUCUCAUACAACUUUACCUGUGUUCAUGUUUGGACUUUGAGUUAGACAGCAUCCAUUUACUUUUCUUUCCUUUGUUCUCUCAAAAGCUUAAGUUAUGUAUUUGGGAGCCUAAUACUGAACAUGUGUUUGACAUCUAUUGAAUAUCCGUCUCUUACUGACCUGCAGAAAAGAGUUCUCUAAACUAUUCUGGAACAGGUUCUUGAUAAAUUAGAGAGGAGACAGGACUUUGUUUUUUGUGACCAGGAACUACAUUGUAUGAAGGCUGUAUUCCUUUAUGCUCAUUUCAAAAAGAAAUAUUGUAGUUUCCUGGCAUAGGUGGACCAAGCGUGAACCACUGUUGUACCUCUUCAGUUUAUUAGCAUUUGUGAGGAAUGUCAUGUUCAAAAUAAUAAUAAAAAAAAAGUUUAAGGACAAGGAUUUCUUAAGUGGCCACGGGAGGUCACUGUGGCUCCUUUAGAAUCCUAAGUCACUGUGUAUCAAUUUGGCAAAUAAAAAUGGGACUCUUGAGGAUUUUUGCAGAACUAACACUUCAGUAUUUCUGAUGUGUGUGUUUCAACAGUAUAUGGAUGCCAGCUUUGAAGUUUGUAGUAUUCCUAAUUUAUAUCAUCAAGAUAAGUAGUUUUAUGCAUACAACAUGUAGAGAGUCAUUCAUAUUUAAAAUGUUCUUGAUUUUUUUGAGUAAUUGAGUUUUGUAAAAAUGUUUGUACAAAAACUGUCUUUAGUAUGUUCUAAACUAAUUUUUAUAUUGUAAAACUGCUCCUUUUAAGAUGACAGUACAUGGCACUUAUAUGGUGUUAACUUCUUCGCUUGCUAUAUUGUAACCAAAUACAGGGUCUUAAAGCCAUACUGCUGAAGUAAUUUGUGUUUUGUUUUCUUUUAGUAGGUUAAAAAUUGAUUCCACUCCAAAGUAAUGCAGUAGUUGCUCAUAAGUUGAAGUAAGGGAGCCAUUGAUCCCUGCUUCAGUAAUUACUGAAGUUGUAUAAACGUUUGUUUGUGAAUGUAGCUUGUGGAAUUUUAAGCAUUUGAAUAGCAAGCACAUAUUCAUAAUAGAUUCAAAUUCUGAUUAAAUAGGAGCAGUCUAUGUGAUGCCUUUUUUUUUCUUCUUCCCACGAUCAGUGCCUUAAACAGUAGACAUUUUGCUGAUACCAGGACUGUGUGUUCCAGUACCAUGGCUUAAUUGUUAAUUAUGUUUACUGUUUAGAACUGAAAGCCUAAAUAAAAGCAUACUUCUUUA